CGCCGUCCGUCCGGGCCGCGCGCUGCCGCCGCCAUGGUUCGCUUCAAGAACAGGUACGUGCUGUGCGAGGUGGUCUCGGAGGACCCGCGGUGCCGGCAGUGCAUCGAGGACCGCGCGCUGCAGCUCGCCGUCAGGGACGCCAUUACUCGCGUGCACGGCGACUACGGCCUGGCGUGCUGCUCCAUCUCCUUCACAGUGAAGUACCUCAACGCCUAUACCGGGACGGUGCUGCUGCGGUGCCGCAAGGAUUCGUACCGGCUGCUGUGCUCCGCGCUGCCCUUCGUGCGCUACCUGGAGAGCCGCGCCCAGCGCUACCCCUGCUUCCUUAACACCCUGCACGUCGGAGGUACCAUAAGAACAUGUCAGAAAUUUCUGAUUCAGUAUAACAGAACACAGCUGCUGAGGUURUUGCAAAACUGUACAAAUGAAGAGGAAAGACAAUGUAUACAGAAGUCCUUGUUGAGCUGUUCCCUUACAGAAGAGCAGUCUCACAGUGCAGAUGAGGAGGAGGAUGAUGGCACAGAGACAGACUGAAUGUCACUUGAUCCUCUUCACCUCCAUUCUGUACUUGUUAAGAUGUGACUGGUUAUCUUGAGUGUUAAGCAGUGCAGGGGACAGGAAAAGCAUUUGUUCAUAUUUAGACUUAAUUUGCCAUUCCAAAUGUUCUUAUAUUUAAAAAAAAUAAAACAUAGUUUCACRUAAGUAGGCUACUUGCCUGUUUUCACUGCUGGAGUCAAAACCACCUGCACUCCCCUAAGGAGUGUAGCAGUGCAACAUGUUCUUCAUGCUGAGGUAGAAGUGAGCUUUAGGCAGUUGGCACAGACAAGGAAUGUAGUUUUUUUCCUUCACCAUACAAAAAGCAUUUACAGCAGCUUUUCACCUUAUCUUUAAGUGCACUGUUAGCCACAGGGCCAUCCAUUGUUUUGAGCCAGAAAUGCACCAGUUGUGUACAGAGGAGCAGAGAGUACAGGGAAUGUAUAGCAGAGCUGUGAGGCUCAACUCCAUCCCCCCCAUUAUAAAACUCAUUGGUACAAAUACUGCUUAGAUAUUUAUUAAGUUUACACCAAUCAGUUACAGGAAAGUAGCAUUGCUGGUAUUAUCUCGAAUCCAUAGGAAAACAAGAUACAAUUGACGAUGCUGUCCCUAUGGAGACUGCCCCUCCAGCAGGGACAGCCUGCCUUGCCUGCAUCAUUUCCCUUAUCCUAGUGCCUGUGCAUGUGGAGGUGAGUUACACCAGCUCCAGCUAUUCUCUCUUCCCAAUGCAAAGUAAAGUUGACUAUAAAUGUGCAGAGAUAAUWGAACACAACAGAUACUGGUUAGACACUUAAAUAAUUACUCCUGUUCCAUGGCUUAAAAUGACUUGCUGUGAACACAGUUAACUGCACAGUUGAAUCUCUCUUGGUUGCUUUCUCUGCCCUCACCAAUUGUUUUCCAAUAUGCAUUUAAGGUAUUGACAGCAAGACGUGUUACCACGUUCAGGCAUCUUGUCUUAGUUUCUUUGCAGUCCCUUGACAAGCUGUACUGUCUUUCCAUCAAGUGGGGUUAGUUGUGACCAAGCRUGAAGUCAAGCUGCUUUCAAAGAAUGUUUUGCAGGUGUUUCCCCUAUCCUCCCGUAGCAGUUGGAAGCAUUCUUUACCUCCCCCCUCUCCUUUCUGGUAUACAGCCCCAUGUGCCRUGUACUCUUUGGUACCAGUUUCCCUUGAGGCACAUGUGUGGAGCCUGUUGCUUUGAAAUCAAGCACCCAUGUACUGACAUCAGCUUUUUUAACAGGGACACAACCACUGACUGCUAGUGGUGCUGGAAUAGCUAACUYCAGGCACCUCAAACACACAGUUCCAUGCUCAGAUCUGUCUCACUGUCAGAGGGACAGAGCACACUAAAACCUGUGCAAGUGAGGCUGAAGACAGUGGAAGACACGUCAGUCUCACACUGUAAGUUAAGUGGUACUUCAUACCACGGCCCUGGGAUUAAUUCUGUCAGCAGGAAGGUAAAAUUUGAAUUUGUGCAAUGAAGUUUCACAGGGCUUCACACUGCUAUGGCAGUUCAGCUACAGCUGAGGAAGGGUGCAGUACUGYAAGUGYGUGUGCAUAUGAUUUAUUACAACUGKUGGCCUCGACUGGUACAUUACACCUAGAGUUCAUUUUAUUUAACAAAAUCCACACCACUUAACUCAUUAGCUCAAAUCAAACCACAAGCAGUGCAGAAUGUGACCACYCGAAGAAAGAGCAGGGAGGGGUCCAGAAGAGACAUGUCUGUAGCACAGAUCAACUUAAAUCCCAGAACCAAGCAGAUACAGGCCCUUAUCCCAAUACAAGAGAACCCCAGUUUCUUCUUCUACCCCAGCUGAGGUAUAAAAGUUAUCUACAGACUUUAGUUAUCAGUUGUUGUUCCAACUCAAGARCAGCCAGUGUCAAACCAUCAUUCAGGUGAUUAUAGGGAGCCCUAGGGGAGAGUGUUUAUUCUAGAUGAUCGGGUUAAAAAGAMUGUGUAGCCCAUGGUUGGCAAAAACAAAAAUAAGCAGCCUCACUCACCCACGUUAAAACAGAGCUGAACAACUGUGAGAAGCCAGGAGGUUCCUUCUACCACUAGUGCCAGUUUGCAUUUGGAACUACACAAAUCAUCRAGCCACUUAAAAAUGAAGUAGCCAAAUUCUGCUUUACACUCACCUCAACUUUAUCUUUCUAAGCCAGGAGAACAGGAGAAAUUCUUGCUCUUUAGAAAAAGAACAGAUAUAGCAGCUAACACUCUAAAGCCAGUAAGCUCUUUUGCCUGUUUCCAGUGCAGCCAAAACCAGUUUCUCAAGAAAGCAGUUUGACAGCUUUACUGUAACAGCACUCCUGUCAGUCAGAUGGACUUCUGCYCAUGAAUAAUUAAA